AUGGGCUAUGACGAGGAUCUUAGCCACGUCCUCCGCCAAAUUGUUUUUAGAAAACUCAAAGCAGAAUGUGAUGAGAACAAGGUAUGCUUCGAUUGUGGUAAGGGGAAUCUGAUGUGGGCAUCGGUUACAUUCGGGGUUUUCCUCUGCCUCAAUUGUGGAGCUGCUCAUAAGACGAUGCUUGGUGAGCAUAUCAGCAUCGUCAGAUUACCGGAAUAUGAACCAUGGACCCCUAAGCAGCUGAGGGCAAUGAUAUGUGGUGGAAACAAGCGAGCUCGGCUGUUUUUCAAGCGACAUGGAUGGACGCAGGAUGGUCAAAAAUUUAUUAAGGCUAGGUACACUUCAAGAGCUGCUGAUUUGUAUCGCCAGUUUCUUGCUAACCAAGUUGCAGAAGAUACUAGUAGUGUUCUCCUGGAAGCAUUUAAUGAGGCAAAGGAAAGUCUCUACCGACUCUACGACCAGGAACCGGGUGAUUCCGUUCUUACAGCAAUUAGACUUGCCGACUUGGAAUGUGAAGAACAGAGCUGCGGUGGUACAGUGAAGGAGAAAGAUAUGUGGACGUCAGUGAAGGAGAUGUAUACGAGAUACGUGGGUGUUGGUGUAAAACUCAAGAAACAGUGA